AGAGUUGAGCUUUGGUCACACAUGAGCACUUCUAAGAAACGCAGCUCAUUACACAAAGGAGCUCAUAGCCCUCGAGGAAACGAUGACCGUUGGUUUACUGGUGGAGACAGGAAAACUACGCCGACCCCAUAAGAAACCUUCAUCUCCUGUGGUUCUGACUGCCUGACAGAUCAAACCUCCCUGUGCUGAAGUGUACGCCCCCCCCCCUCCCUCCCCAAACCACCCAACCCAUCUUCCGGAGUCAAGGACAUAAUGUGAUACGUCGAUCCCUGACUGGCUGACUAACUUACACUGGGGCCAACAUGCAGGAGUGUCACAGUGGGCUGUGUCUGUCUGUCUACAUCAUCACCUUUGUGCUGGGCUUCCCGGCCAACAGCCUUGCUUUCUACACUUUCUGCAAGAAAGUGAGGCAAAAACCCACACCGAUUGACAUCCUGCUCCUCAACCUGACCAUCUCUGACCUCCUCUUUCUCCUCUUCCUGCCCUUUAAGAUGCAGGAAGUGAUGAAUAACAUGAUGUGGGACAUGCCCUACGCCCUAUGCCCGCUGUCUGGCUUCAUCUUCUACAUGACCAUCUACAACAGCACCUUAUUCCUCACUGCGGUCAGCAUGGAGCGUUACCUGGGCGUGGCUUUCCCCAUCCAGCACUCCUUGAGGCGGCGACCUAUGUAUGCUGUUGCUGCCAGCAUCUUCUUCUGGUUUUUUUCCAUUUUCCACCUGAGCAUUGUGUUCAUCGUGCCCUUUAUCCGCUCUGAAAUGUCCCAGAAUAACACCUCAGGCCAAAAUGCCACAAAUAGCUCUAGCAAUGGUAGCAACGUGUGUUAUGAGAACUUCUCGGAGGUUCAGUUGAAUGUCCUCCUGCCUGUGCGUCUGGAGCUCUGUCUGGUACUAUUCUGCAUCCCUUUCCUGAUAUGCAGUUUCUGCUACAUCAACUUCAUCAGGAUUUUGUCCAAGCUGCAGCACAUUGACAGGCGCCGGCGCCUCCGGGCCAUUGGCAUGGCUUUAGGAACACUGUUGGUGUUCGCUUUAUGUUUUGGCCCCUACAACGUCUCACACAUUGUGGGUUUUAUUACAUGGAAAAGUCCCGACUGGAGAGACAAGGCCCUGCUGUGCAGCACCUUUAAUGCCUGUCUGGACCCGCUUAUUUUCUACUUCUCCUCCUCUGCUGUAAGAGGGACUGUGGGUAGUGUGAUAGAAGGGGUUAAACGUCGCUUAAACAGGUGCAUGUCCUGUCACAUGCUACAGGGAUUGUUGGGGGGAAAUAACAAGACUGCAAAAGAUAAGGAACACACACAAGAGGAGAUCAAUGCUAUCUGAGCUGACUGAAAGGGAGCUCAGGGCAGCUGCCUUCGCUAAUUUGUUAUUUCUUCAUCCCUGGAAGCAGGAAAUUAAUGCGAUGUUUGUGUUUUUGAACGUGAGAAAAUUACUUGACAUACUGUAUACAGACCGGCGUGUCUGUGUUUGACUCUUUGAUUAACUUCCUAUGUGGAAACGAGACAAGAGAGGACACCUUCUGUCUGUCUGAGCUGGCCACAGCAAUUUUUAUGCAGUGUGAUGUGUAAAGCCACAGGGACAGGCCACUUUGAACUGUCACAUUCAAAUGAAAAAUAUUUCUUACACAGCAGCAAGAUUUCAUAAGAUCUCCAUUUAUGCAGUCAGGUAUUGUGCUGCACUGCGGUAGAGACGCCAACAAAAUGAAUAUCUAAGCAACAGCUUUUUUUUGACGUCAUCUCCAGGCAAAAAGAGAUAAAGGUCUCCUACCAGCCUCAAGCGUGAACGGGGUGUGUCAUCUGUUUUUAACAACAUGUUCAUUAUGUGUCAGGUGUUCUGGUAAAAACAGAGACCUUUAGUGCGGGAUCUGAAAGAAGAUUCAAGCAUGUUGAAAAUGACAGGGCUUUGUACAAUGCUAAAAAAGAACGUAUAUGCAGCCAUUAUACAGUUUGUUUUUUAUGUGAACAGACAAUAUAUUUGAGAAUUUUAUACUUUUUCUUACAUGAUUAUGGACAUUCUCAUGCAGAUUCUAGUUUACAUAAUAUUAAAUAUAUGCUAUAUUUUGUUUAGAAGCAUUUUGUCGAACGCCAUACAUGGCCAUGUUUAAACCAUAUGUGGUACUAAAUGGGCAUUAUUGUGUGAAUAUAUGUAUGAGUUCAUGUAAUAUGUCUUAAAGCUAUAUGACAGGGGUUGUAAUUACAUAAGACAAAAUAUAAACACACUAUUUUCAAAUCUUAUAAACAAAUAUAUUUUACAUAAUCAAAUUCAUCGACCCUUUUGUUAAGAUGUAAGUCAGGUUUUUCUUUUGUGCUUCUUUGUCCAUACAUGAGUGAGUGUGCAUGAGAGAAGAGAUGUAAAGACAAACCAUGCAAAAACAUAUCAUGUAUUGAUUCAUUUACAUAAUUUAUGACUAUUAGAUGGUUUUGCAUGAGCAGUAGUCCGGUACAAGGUGACUGUGUUUCCUUGUGUUUGUGCAUUAAAGAAGACAGAUAAGGACUUAUUUCUCUUUUGUAAGAGUGAGUGAUGAAUGUAAAUAUUGCAUGUAAAUAUCCACUGCAUCAUACGAACUUAGACAUGACCCCCAGAUAACCAGUAAUGUUGUACACCUUUUUUAUAUACAGUAUAAUGACAUGUAUAAAAGUAGUUGAGAAUAAAAAAAUAAGGAUUAGGUAUGAGCAAUAGCAAAUUUAUUGCAAUUGACAUCACC